UGGCCGCCAUUGUAUUGCAGCUCUCCUCCGCACAAAUCAACCAUGCGCUCGUCGUCUACCGUGUUGCGCGUCUGUUUGGGCGUCGCCCUGAUCCAGCUGUUCGGCGGUGUCAUCGCCGGCCCCGUCCCCGACCCCGUACUGCACGUUUCGCUCGAGACCGUGCCGGAUCUGGAGGCGUUCCGGCGGGCCAACCCGGACCUCCAGGUCACCCCGCUCGUGCCGGUGCGCCAGUCGGAGGUGUUCGCGGGCGGCAGCACGCGCCAGCAGAUCGUGUACAGUGUGGGGGCGCAUUCGGCCAGCGAGCGGCUGGUCGGGCUGUCGUCCAACCAGCAGUCGUGGCCGACGCCCCAGGACGUCCGGCUCGAUCUGCAGUACCCGACGGCCGGUGUCGGCGCGGUCGUGUCGUACGUGGAGGUGGUCGUGCAGCAGAGCACCGCCCAGGGUCGCGGUUACGUCGUGUCGGGCGGUGUCGGCCAGCGCCAAAUACGGCUCGUGAUCGAAGCGUACAGUACGCUGUACUUCAGCUACACUGCUGCCAUCUACGGGUUCUAGCGGGCGGUUUAUGGCAGUUCGGAAGCAAUGAUGGAGGAUGGUAGCAGCGCUUCGUGUAUUUUGGGUUUGGAUCGCUUAGAAACAGUGUAGUUGACACUUAAUAAAGCUAUAUUUAUUUGAAAUCUA